AUGCGGACAAUAAAUAUAUGGUAUAAUAUGUAUAUUGCAAGGAAUAUGGUGGACCUUUUCAAGGUCACAAAUUUUCAAUAUCGUGACAUUAAAGACGUCUUACGCGAGUGUCAUUACUGGGUUAAGCCGUGACCGAAAUACAGUGGAAGAAUAGGGAUCGUGCUGCCGCCUGCGAGGCGUCAAUACAGACGAGAGAACUUAGUGUAAUUUGGAAAUCGCGUGGAUAUUAUUUCGUAUGAAAUAAAAAGUAGGAUUUCAAAAUUGAACUUGAUGAAAUAAAUUAAAGAUGGCACGGUUUAACGUUAGUGCAUUAUCGAUGCAGUCAUUAAAGCAUGAUUUCGUAUGAGAGCUGAUGAUUCGCCAUAAAUAUGUGCAGAAGCCAUAAGAUCUUUCUUCGAUGGAAUGCAGGUACUUCACCGAAGAAGGAAAGAAAGUUUAAUCCUGCGAAUCUCUGACUGAAAAUUAGAUAGAUCAUAAGCAAACUAUAUAUAAAUAUAUAUACUUAACACAAUGGAUGGCACAAGGGCAGCUGAAGUUCUACCCCUACUUCAAGAACGUUUGGCUAUACUACCAGGUGGACGAGACCGUAGAGGAGGUCCAGUUAUUGUUUUCCCAACAACUCCGAGAAGAGAACGUGCUAAACCAGAGGACUAUCGUCGUUUAUUGCAAUACCUUUUAGCCGUUCCUGACGAUGAAACCAGAGAUCUAAGAUUUACUGUGAUAGUGGAUAUGCGUGGUGCUACUUGGGAUUCUGUGAAAACAAUUUUAAAGGUAUUACACGAAUACUUUCAUCGAUCGGUCUAUGUCGCACUCAUCAUUAAGCCAGAAAAUUUUUGGCAAAAGCAAAGGACAUCAUUAGCUAAACAGAAAAAAUAUAAUUUCGAGAUCAAUACAAUUAGUUUAGAAGCUCUCACAAAAGUUAUAGAUCCCUCUCAACUGACAUCUGAUUUGGAUGGCUCGUUAGAGUAUGAUCAUGGUCAGUGGAUCGAAACAAGACUAGCUGUAGAAGACUUUACUUGGCAAGCUGCUGAUCUUUUAGAUAGGUUGGAUGAUUUACAAGAAGAUUUUAGUCGUAAUGAUUUUGCUGAUGACGUUGGAGGUGCUAAACAUGGUAUUGACCUUCAUAAUGAAAUGAAAAAGAAAAUUUUGAAAAUUCCUGUUGAAGAACUAGAAGUUGUUGCUCAACGUUUGCUUCAAAAAUUCGACAGUAUGUCGACGUCAGGUGGAGAAGGAGGAAGUAUUGAAAGUGGUGCAGUAGGUGGAACAGAUUCAGAUGGUCAAGCAUUAGCGUCAUUAGUUAUACAACAUUUAGAUUCUGUUCAUGCAUCUCAACGGCAUCUCUUGCAAUUAUGGCACAUUAAAAAAAAGAAAUUAGAUCAAUGCUUUCAGUUGCGUUUGUUUGAACAAGAUUGUGAAAAAAUGUUUGACUGGAUUUGUCAUAAUAGAGAAGGAUUUCUUGCUAAUUACGUGGAGAUUGGACGUUCUUAUCAACUUGCUAAGAACUUUCAAGAGGAACAUAAACAUUUUACCAUGAGUUCAAUGAAUGUUUAUGUGAAUAUUAAUAAAACUCUUACAAUGGCUGCUAGAUUAUUAGAAACACAACAUUAUGCAGCUGGUCAUGUACGAGCUGUUGCAAGUCGAUUGGACAGAGCGUGGAAGGAAUUUGCGGCUGGUCUCGAUGAACGUACUGCUGUUCUUGGUCUAAGUGUAGUGUUCCAUCACAAAGCAGAACAAUACGUAGAUAGUGUUGCUGGUUGGAGUCAAGCUUGCGAUGCCAGCAAUCUGCCUAAUGAAAUUCCUGUUCUUGAAUCUCAUUUAAGACAGCAUCAAACUCUUUACGAAGCAAUGUGUCAAGCAUAUACAGAGGUUUACAAUGCAUAUCAGGCUCUUUUGAGUGGACUGGGUUCUAUGCUGCAAGUAUGUCAUAGCAGAAGUACAGUCCAUCGUUUGGAUACAUUUUACACUAAUUAUAGCCAAGAUGGACAUAAUGCAGAAAGUCAUGGUGGCAUGAGUGGAAAUCCAGCUGCAGAUUACAGUGAAGGUGCAUCCCAUGUGUUAGCAGUUAUUCAUCAAAUUUUAGGUCAUCAUAGAACAUUGGAAGCUCGUUGGCAUGCACGCAAAGUUAAAUUACAUCAACGUCUUGCUUUGAGAUUAUUUCAAGAAGAUGUAAAACAGGUUCUCGAUUGGCUAACUAAUCACGGAGAAGUUUUUAUCCGAAAAAAUACAGGCGUUGGACGAAAUCUUCAAAAAGCAAGAGUAUAUCAAAAAAGUCAUGAACAUUUUGAGAAUGUAGCACAGAAUACUUAUACGAAUGCAACGAAGUUGCUUACUGCAGCAGAGGAAUUAGCUCAUACAGGAGAAUGUGCUGCCGAUGAAAUAUACGCUGUAGCACAAGAAUUGGAAUCUCAUGUUAGUAGAUUUGCAGCGAGAGUCGAACAACGGCGUCGCAGAUUAGAUCUGGCUGUAGUAUUUUAUACUCAUGAAAAAGAGCUAAGUGGUUGGGUGGACGAGUUGCGGCAAGAAUUGCAGCAAGAGGAAGUUGCAGAGAAUUUGGAAACAGCAGAAAGACUACUUGAUCAGUGUGCACAACACAGAGCGUCGUGUCUUGAAGCUUGUGCCUCGACCAUUGCACAAGGUGAAGCAUUGCUUCAAGAACUACGAGAAUCUACAGAUGCACCCGAUUCUACGGGCUCUGUAACUGCUGUAGAAAGUGCUCUUGAUAGAUUGGCUGGUUUACGGCAAGAAUUGGAAGAAUUAUGGGCAACAAGAAAAUUAAGGUUAGAGUUGUGUUUGCGAUUGCGUGUUUUCGAGAGAGAUGCCUUAGAAGCCAGUGGACAACUGGAAAUGUGGGCACAAGACUUACAAGGUACUCCUCACGAAGGUUCACCCGAACAGCUGUUACGUGUACACAAUGAUGGUGUAGCUCAUAUGCAAAAUACUACGUUUCAAGUGUUACAACAGGGCCAAGAACUUGCACAGGUUCUAGAACAAGCCGGAGUUUGUAUCAUGGCAGAUGGUCAGCAUAGUGCUACAGCAAGAGUUCAAGUGCUUCUUGAAUUUUUAAAUGAAAGAGAAAUGGAUGCAGAAGAUCUUGCAGAAAUGCGGAGGGUUCGAUUAGAACAAGCCGCACAAUUGGUACAGUUGCAAACAGAUGCCACGCAUGUAGCUAAUUGGAUUAGAAAUGGAGAAGCUAUGCUAUUAGCUUCUUUAAGGGUUCCAGAAAAUUUACAAGAUGCUGAACAACUACGGUUAGAACAUGAGCAGUUUCAAGUAGCUAUAGAAAAAACGCAUACUUCUGCUGUACAGGUGAAACAUAGAGCUGAUGCAUUAGUAAGUGCGAAUCAUUAUGAUCCGAAAAGUAUUCGAGAAGUAGCUGAAGAUGUCACAAAAAGGUGGCAACAGUUGGUAACUUGUGCAGAAGAAAGGCAUAAAUUAGUAACCGCGAGUAUUAAUUUUUAUAAAACAGCGGAACAAGUUCGAUCGGUACUGGAUAGUUUAGAACGUGAAUAUAAAAGGGACGAAGACUGGUGUUCUGGUGGAGAGAAAGGCGGCCAAGUACCUAAUCUUGUGUCUAAACAUCAAGAACAAAAAGAAGCGUUUUUAAAAGCAUGCACCUUGGUGCGAAGAACGGCCGAGACAUUCCUAAAAUACACUAAUCGCAGUCUACAAUUUUAUAAUUAUCAAGCUAAUAGCGUUGGGUCCGAGAACAAAGUUAAAAAUAUCUUAGAAGAAUUGUUAAGUAAAGAAAAUAAAGUACUCGAAUAUUGGACUCAACGAAAAAAACGCUUAGACCAGUGUCAUCAAUAUGUACUUUUUGAGCGUAGUGCAAAACAAGCAAUUGAAUGGAUAAGGGAAACUGGUGAAUUAUAUCUUGCAACACAUACAAACGUGGGAAAAAAUCGUAUCGAAAACGAGCAAUUGUUACAAGAGCAUAACGAAUUUAAAGGUGCAGCUAAGGAAACCAGGGAAAGAGUAAAAUUGCUGAUUCAGCUAGCAGACAAUUUAGUUGAAAAAGGACAUGCUCAUGCUGCUGUUAUUAAACAAUCGGUGGCGGAGGUGGAUGAGCGUUAUAAAGACUUUAGCUUACGAAUGAAUUACUACAAGACACAAAUUGAAGAUGAUUUGGGUAUACAAUCAGACGAUGGCCAUAAAGACUUAGCUAUAGACCGAAAUUCCGAUCCUUUAUUGGAGGAGAAAAUUAAAGGAAAAGACUUAAAAGAAUUGAAUGAAGAGAAACGGAGAUCAGCUAGGCGAAAAGAAUUCAUUAUGGCUGAAUUAUUGCAAACCGAACGUACAUACGUUAAAGAUUUGGAAACUUGUAUUCGUUGUUUCUUAGAAGAAACGCGUAACGGAAAAGGAAAUGUACCAACAGGAUUGCAAGGUCGAGAAUCCAUCAUUUUUAGCAAUAUGGAAGAAAUACAUCAAUUUCAUUGUAAUAUAUUCCUUCGUGAAUUGGAAAAAUACGAAACUAUGCCCGAAGAUGUUGGGCACUGUUUCGUCACUUGGGCUCCGAAAUUUGAUAUGUACGUGACUUACUGUAAAAAUAAGCCUGAAAGUAAUCAACUACUAGUUGCGCAUGGUGGUACGUGGUUUGAAGAAUUACAAAGGAAACAAAAAGUUGAACAUCCAAUAGCCGCAUACCUCAUUAAACCAGUGCAAAGGAUCACAAAGUAUCAGCUUUUGCUUAAGGAUCUUCAAGCUUGCUGUCAGGAGGGACAAGGUGAAAUAAAAGAUGGAUUGGAAGUGAUGUUGAAUGUGCCUAAAAAAGCAAACGAUGCCUUACAUUUAAGCCUAUUAGAGGGUUGUGAUGUCAGGAUAGAUACUCUUGGAGAUGUAGUAUUACAAGAUUCAUUUACGGUAUGGGAUCCAAAGCAGCUGAUAAGAAAGGGCAGAGAUCGUCAUAUAUUUCUUUUCGAAUUAUACUUAUUAUUUAGUAAAGAAGUAAAAGAUUCAGCUGGAAAGGUAAAAUACAUUUACAAAAGUCGCUUGAUGACUUCCGAAUUGGGCGUCACUGAGCACAUUGAAGGAGAUGAAUGUAAGUUUGCAGUAUGGACUGGAAGAGCACCUACCGGCGACACGCGUGUUGUUUUAAGAGCAAAUUCGAUGGAGGCGAAGCAAUUGUGGGUCAAGAGAUUGCGUGAAGUAAUACAAGAAACAUACUUCAGCUUGAGUAUGCCGAAGAGUCCAGCCAAGAAGAGUUCAAGCCAACGAUCGAGUAGAGACCUAGAGGAAUGUGCAUCUUUGAACGAUAGUGUAGAAAAUUUGGACAGGAAUUCAUUGGCUUCAUUUGGUUCGACGAAUACAACGGACUCGGACAAGACUGGCGUAACCGAAAUGACUUGGGUCGUUGCGGAUCAUCUAGCAGCACCGGGAUCUAGAGAAUUGACGGUGACGAAGGGUCAGCAAGUUGAAGUCUUAGAAAAUGGUAGCGGUAAUGGAAACGCCAGUGGCAUCAUUGCUACCGGUGAAUGGACGUUGGUACGUUUACCACUCGCCCCAGGGCAAACAGAUCCACCAACAGAAGGGCUUGUACCUACGAGCGCUUUGAAACAACCACCAAGCAAUUCCUGUAAGACCUCACCAUCAAGAAAACCACCCAAUCAACAACAAACAUUACUUCAGCAGCAGCAACAACAACUCAAUCAAUCUGUGAUCGGACAGCAACAGCUUGCGGCUAUGGUAGCUAGUUCUACUGCAUCAUCAUCAUCUUCAGUUUCGAAUUUAACACCGUCGAGUGAAGAAUCGGAAAUCAUCGGGAGCGAUGGUAGUGGCUCCGCUAGUACCAGUUCACCUGGAAACAAAAGACGCGGUUUUAGCGGGAGAAAGUGGUUACCACCUCCGCUGCGUAAGCUCAGUCAAGGCAAGGUCGAUAAGGUCGUUUCAACGCCGUCGUCGACUGCGUCAACGGCUGCUGCCGCCACCGUUAACACCAGUGGCAUUCCGCUAACGGCAGCGUCUUUAACAACGGUGACGACAGCGACCACGACGACAGCGACGACGACUGCUAUUUCUUCUAUUUCCGCUACUACACCAGGAACAGUUACACCAACAGCACCUACGACGACUCUGGUUAAACAAACGACAACGGUGGUUGCAACGGUGACGCCAAGCGGCAAAAACAUUGGAUCGUUGAAAAAGAGCAGCUCUGACAAACGUUUCAAGCUACCAUCAGGAGCUGCUGAACAAAAACGUGCCGUUGCUGUUUCUGCUGGAAACAUCAGGAUCGGUUCCGAACUUGAAACUUUAGCGGGAUCUGAAGAAACUGAAAGAGAAGAAGAGGAGGAAGAGGAAGAAGAGGAACACGGUGAAACUUCUGAAACGAUAUCUGCAACUUACGACGACGGUGAAGGUAACGUCUUUCACGAACAAAACGGCACUGAGGAUGGUGAAGAUGACUUGGAGUUACCGCCACCGAUGAAACCGAUUACCGAGCCGAUUUUAGUCGCUGCAGGUAAUGGUCCUCCUGGUUCAACGAUACCCGACGAAUUACCUGGAAAAAGAGCAUCUGAAUGUUCUAGCAAAAUACUUGACGGAGCCACCACGGCGGAUUUAGCAGAAAUCGAACAGAUCGUAAAGGAAAGGAUGGAACAACAUACCGAAAAUCAAGAAAGGCAUAGUCUGAUGCGUACGGAAAGAACAACAGCAGGUGAUAGAGGUUCAAGUGAUGGUGAAAAUAAUUAUGCUCGUGCCACCAGUCCAUCGCUCGUUACUGAAGAAUGCGAUCCCGAAACUGCGGCUCUAACCAAAAGACAAUUUGUCAUUCGCGAAUUGGUUGAAACGGAAAGAGAUUAUGUCAACGAUCUUAAACAAAUUGUCGAAGGAUACAUGACGCUGAUGCGAGAUCCAGACAGCGACAUUCCACUUCCUGAAGAUCUUCGAGGAGGAAAAGACAAAAUGGUAUUUGGUAACAUAGAAGCGAUCUAUGAAUGGCACAGAGACUUUUUCCUGAAAGCUUUGGAAAACUGCAUAAAAUGCCCGGAAGAACUCGGUCCUCUUUUUAAAAGAUAUGAAAGGAAAUUACACAUGUACGUUGUUUAUUGUCAAAAUAAACCCGUUUCUGAGUACAUCGUUUCCGAAUAUAUAUACACUUACUUCGAGGAACUGAGGCAAAAACUUAAACAUCGUCUACAACUUUGCGAUUUGUUGAUAAAACCGGUGCAAAGGAUUACAAAGUAUCAAUUACUUCUUCGCGAGGCAUUACGUUUGACUGAACGUACUCAAAGAUUAUCGGAGAUCGAAGGACUUAGAGCAGCGGUUCAUGUUAUGCGAGUUAUUCCAAAAGCGGCUAAUGACAUGAUGGAUGUGGGAAGGUUACAAGGUUUUGAUGGUAAAAUAACAGCACAGGGUAAACUUCUGCUACACGGGCCUUUGUUAGUGUCAGAAUUAUCGAGCGUACCAACGAGAGGAAAAGAAUGGCACGUAUUUCUUUUCGAGCAAAAUAUUAUCUUCAGUGAAGCAGUUGGUAAGAAGACUCAAUUCACCAGCCCAGCCUACAUAUAUAAAUCUCAUAUACAGGUAAACAAAAUGAGUCUCGAGGAUUCGUACGACGAUCCGGACAAAUUUGUGAUUCGAUCUACGGAUCCUCGAAAGCCCGGUCUAGGAUUUUAUUGCAGCGUAGUUGAAGAAACUGGACCUCGCAGACAGGAAUGGGUAGAUACGAUCACUGCUAUCCUACAAACACAACGUGAUUUUCUCAAGGCGUUACAGUCACCGAUUGCCUACCAAAAGGAACUUACCAAAGAUCCACUUAGCCGAGUUCCAACAACGGAGCCAGUGAUUCGAGAGACCAUAUCAGUAGCCCCGACGCUUUCGACAGUAUCCCCCGGAACGAUGCACAAAGAAAAGAGUUUCCCUCCUCAGCAGAAGAUAACUCGACCGAUUCAAAGGACUCAAUACGGUGGUUUAGAUUGCGAAUUACCACGGACGCCGAGUCCGACGAAGAGUAGGCUUAACUUCCUCGAUGGAUUCAGGAAUACUCUACGCGCUCGAUCCCCAGUUCGUACCAAUUCGAUACCGGUCGUUCCGGGUGCACGAGUAAGAUUGGCAGCCGACUGGGGUAAACUACGUGCCGGUGACGAACUCGUCGUUUCUCGUUUGGACGGCCCUGGACUAGUAGUUUCACAUCAUAAUGAGAAAGAAGAACUAUGGAUACCAGCUAGCCUUGUUCCAAAUUUGUCUAUAAGUAGAGCAUGGUCUUUCCGUCCAAGUAAAGUAGAUUCCAAUAAAGAUAUCGUACAACCACAAGAUAGAUCUCCAGAAAAAAAGGGACCACCUACUAUCCUUGCAAGUACAAGUAUGAUAAAGGCAACUGCUGGCGAAGAUGUUAGACUUUCAGUGGAAAUUAUUAACGUCGAUUCGGCAACUGUUACGUGGAAAAAAGAAGACGAGAAAGAUAAUCAAAUAAUUCGAGAAAACGAUCGUUAUCGAUUUGAACAAGCCGCUGCUUUUCUCUAUUUAGAAAUUGUAAGGUGUCGUCAAUCAGAUUCGGGAUUAUACCGAUGUUAUGUUGAACAUGACACUGGUUCUUGUUGGACAGAGAUUUCCCUUUUCAUCACAGGUGGAAGUGGAAGUACAUGGGCGCGAGUCGUUGGUCCGACAAAGAUCGAAAUAGAUUGGGAAUGUUCCAGCGUUGAUUCAUACAGUAUAGAAGGUAGAACAGCACCUUCUCAAACUUGGGUUUUAAUGGCAACGGAUGUAAAACAUCCACCAAUGACUUUAGAAUUACCGCCUGGUGCGUCAUAUAGUUUUCGUAUUGUUGGGAAAAAUGGAAACGUUACUUCGUCUUCUGCGGAAGUAACGUUGACUGGUUUUGAAGAUAACUUAAAUUGGGAAACUGAGCAGUUUAUUGGGAGAUAUUUAGAACUAGAUGAGUUAGGGAAGGGUAGAUUUGCAACUGUUAGACGUGCUCGUGAUAAAGGAACAGGUCAAGAAGUGGCACUUAAGCAAACUCCAAGACACAAACAACCACGAUCCUUAACUCGAGCAGAGUAUGAUUUGUUAGCGUCUAGUCAUCAUGGUAACAUCAUUAGAGCCUUCGCCCUAUUUGAAAAUGCUCCACGUCCAGGAUUCGAUACGAUCGUGCUAGAAUUAGUUCGAGGUCCAACGCUAUUUGUUUACCUUAGUAAAAAAUCGGAUUAUACGGAAGGAAUGGCUAUCAAAUAUACAAGUCAAUUGUUGUCAGCUCUUCAAUGGUUACAUAGACGUAACACAGCGCAUUUAGAUUUAAAACCUGAAAACGUAUUGGUAGAUCAGGAUAGCGGUAUAGUUAAAUUAAUAGAUCUUGGUGAAGCAGUAAGAGGUCCAGUCGACGAAGUCGUACCACCUGCCGAUUUAGAAUUCGCAGCACCAGAAUUGGUACUUGGUAAACCUACAGGAACUUGUACGGAUAUGUGGGCUGCUGGUGUUUUCAUUUAUGUACUUUUAAGCGGUGUAUCGCCAUUUCUAGAUGAUUCUGUAGAAGAAACAACUGCGAAUAUAUUGAAGUGCGAUUUUUGUUUCCCCAAUGAAUAUUUUGAAUCUAUAUCUAACGACGCGAAAGAUCUUCUUGGAAGAUUAUUAUGUUUACAUGGCGAAGAAAGAGCUACCGCUGAAGCUACUUUAACAUCACCUUGGUUCAAGACUCCAGCAAGCUCUGCAAUAUCGUCAAUUAGAUUGGCCGAAUUUACCGAACGACGAGCGCACUGUUCAAAAUCGCGACAAGAUCGUAAUGACAGAUUCUAUUCGUGAUAUUUUAAAUAAAAAAAAAACAAUCUCCCUAUUACCUUUUCCCUCUCGACCCCCCAAGUAAUUUUAUUACAUGCUUAAUGGUACUUAGAAUGAUGAUAACUUUUUUGUAAAUAAUAAGAGUUAAUCGGAAGAUGUACAGCACAGUAACCUUUUUUAUUUAUCGUUUUUUACCAAUAUUUUUAACUUUAACAUAUAUAUUUUUAUUAUAUUACACGCAAGCAAUCCUAAACAAUGUUUAUGUCGUACAUUUAACGUAAAAUAUAUUAAUAGAACAUCUUGAGAAUUUAGAAAAUCCUUGAAAUUAUUUUAUUUGAAAUGAAGAAUAUACUACUGACUAGCAUAGGCUACAUUUUUAAAUUUUGACAUACAUGAUUUUGGGAGAAAAAAAAGACUUUAUGUUUGACAAACUUGCAUUAUUUACAAUGUUAAAUCUUUCUUUGUCUAAUAGAACGUAAUAUGAAAAUUAAAUUAAACAUAUUUUUAAUCAAAAAUAAUGAAACCUAUAUUGAAGUAAAUGUCUAUAAAUGUACAGUACCCUUGAAACAAAUAUUACAAAUUUCGUUUUUAUUAAGCA